AUGGAGGGGAUAGAACGAGACAGAGAGCUUGUAAGGAAUGCAAAAAGAAUCAGCAAGGAGGCGAUGGAACAGAUGAUCAUGACUAGCCUGAAGGAAAAGAAGAUCAGUUACAUUGCAAAUCUUGUUGAAUCAAGCAAGGCUGUAUGUGUGGAGAAGGAGCAGAAAUAUGUAAGCCGAUCUGUAAUCAGGAGCAUGAGCACACAAUCGAUUUUGUGCUUGGCUUCUGAUAUACUGGGGAGUGUGGACAGAAAGACUGCGCAAAGGCUGCAGAAGAUAGAGGCCGAGCUUGUCUCACGUGAGGAUCUGUUUGUGAGUGUGAUGGAUCACAUGGAACGGAUGCCAGAGCAGAAGGAUGAUCUGUUCUCGUGGUAUCCUGGGCUGAAUACAUGCAGCAUGCUUGCGUUUGUUUUUAAGAUGCUGCCUGAUUUUGCAAGGAAAUACAAAGAAUAUUUUGUCAAGGCAAUUGUUUCUCGACAGGAAGUGAGGGCAAAGGUCCUGGAUGUAUUCAGAGGAUAUCUUGGCAAAGAAGCACAGGCCUUCGAUGUGAUAAGUGGGGAUCUUGUGAUUUUUGAAGGGAUGAGGUGUGUUCCGAAGGAAGGACGAAUUGUAACGCCGUCAUACUGGUGUGAGAUGGAUGAAAGAUGUGAAGAUGCACUUAGGUUGUUUGGAGGGAUUGACGAAAAUAUAUGCAUAAGCGACAGUAUGCAUGCAGAACUGUUCCAUCCGCUCUGCCAUGCCGAGGUUGUUGUGAAUGGAAAGGAAGUUGUUGUGUCAUUUGUUGAGCUGAAUGAUCUUCUGACAAGAAAUGAAAGGUCGCAUAAGUUCUGGAUGGAUUGCGGCGUGGUGAAUGAGGAGUGGGAGAGUGUGGUCCAAUAA